AGUAGAUGACGACGAUGACUUUGUGGAUGAAAUUCCCAUUUUAAAGACUAUGAAAUUACUGAAGACAACAUCUGGGCGAGUGCACUAGACAUUAUGAAGUUCUUGUUGGGGAAUGAAGAAUUGUGUUCCAUACAUGUGGGUGUGACUUGUGUUUGUUAAGUGAGUAUGAAUAUAAGUGUAGGGAGUAGAUAGUAUUGGUCAUUAUUCUGUGCAAGCAAUAUAAUGUCUAAAAAAGAUCACCAUUCUCCCAGAAAUGGGGUUCGCACACGUCUUCAUAAAAUAAGUCAAGCACGAUUUAAAGCAAUGGGAUUCGAACACGUCUUCCUAUUAUGUCCUGAUGAUUUGCAUCGUGAGCAUGAUUGCCGCUUCGCAUGUUCACCUUUCCACGGGAUCCUGCGCUUCUUUGGUCUUCUUGGUGGUCAUUUAGAGCAAGAUGGUGGGAGGCACAGAGUUUCAGCGACCUCAUCAGAUUCAGUUUAUAUGGAUGUUCGAUGCAUUAGAUAUGCUUACUCAGCUUCAACGCUGAGCGUGUAGUAUGUUUUAUUUGCUACACGCAGGUUAAUGAAGUGACGUGAUCCUGGAAGCAGACGGAGGCGAGAUUGUCGGAAUGGAUGUGAUGGUUUUGAAUUAAAGAACAUAAAUAAAUUAUGUUUGUGAUUAUGAUUGUUAAGCUUCCGCAAUAUUGAAAACUCCGUACUGUUUAUAUUAUGAAAAAUAUUAUUGUGAUAAAUAAAAGUGUUUGAAAUGU